AUGACAGAGGAGGACGGGUUGGACGAUUUAGAGACAGAUGAGGGCCAGAGGAGAGAAGAUUUUAGACGACGGUUAGAUUUCAGAAACUCUGUCCAAGACGAAUAUAUGGAAAGUGAGACAAGUGAGUUGGAUAAAGAAAUAUUUAGGAGACGGGAAGGAAAGUGGUUGGAAAUGUUUGGCGCGUGGGACGAAUAUAUGAUGAAAAAUUAUAAAAAGGUUCGAGACAGGUGUAGAAAGAUUUUAAUAAAAAACUGCGAGGAGUUUUCUAUCACGGAUUAUAUUACUGCACACCAGAUAAUGAAGUUAACAUUAACCAACAGAGCUGAGGAAAGAUGGUUGACUGAUAUAAGAAAAGAUCUACACAGAAAUUUUCCUACGCACGAGAUGUUCGGAGGUGCGUACGAGCAUAUUGGGCAGGAACAGCUGUUUAAUGUACUUAAAGCGUACAGUGUACUCAACCCAGUCAUAGGAUACUGUCAAGCACAGGCUCCAAUAGCAUCCGUACUGUUAAUGCAUAUGCCUGCAGAAUCAGCUUUCUGGACACUUGUAACUAUUUGUGAUAAAUAUAUACCUGGAUAUUAUAGUGAAGGUAUGGAAGCGAUACAACUAGAUGGGGAUAUAUUAUUUGGAUUAUUAAAAAAGGUAUCCCCUGAUGUACACAGACACCUGAAGGUUCAAGGUGUUGAUCCUAUUCUAUACAUGACUGAAUGGUUUCUUUGCCUUUUUUCAAGAAGUUUACCAUGGUCUUCUGUUCUCAGGAUUUGGGACAUGUUUUUCUGUGAAGGAGUGAAGGUUCUUUUUAAAGUGGGACUAGUCUUAUUAAAGUAUUCUCUACCCCGGUCUGUUCGUGCCAAGUGUCCGACGAUGUAUGAAACCUUGUCCAUCUUGAAAAAUAUUCCCGCGGACAUUUGCCGCGAAGAAUUUCUAAUUCCUGAGAUUCUCAAACUAACCGUGACGGAAGACGACAUGGAGAGAGAACACAGGAAGCAGAAAGAGCGUAGAAAACGCCUUGAAACUGUCAGCUAAACACCGAUAUUGCAGAAAAUUUUUAUUUUGAUUUUUUAAAAUUAUAUUUAAACGAAAUUUCUAAGAACCAAAAGAAGAAAAGGUUUUUGCAAAGACUGAUUAUAAACAUAUAAAUUAGUUAAAAAUAAGAAAAAGCUAUCUUAAGGGACUGACGUUCUAAUUUCUUAUCAUUAGAUAUAACAGCUAAUACAGUGAGAACUAGAAAAUUCCGAAAUUGAAAGACGACUUUUAAACUCAAGUUAUAGCUUUAAAUAGUCCAAUAGAUAUUAAAAAUAGCAAAUGUUUAGUGUUGAUAUUUCACGGAAAUAUCGAUUAGUAAAACUGUUUACUUUGUAAUAAGAUCCAUUACACUUUAAGUAUUGCGGUAAUGUCGUCUUUCUUUUUAUCAGUUUUCUUGUUCUUACUGUACAUUACUGUACAUUACUGUACAUUACUGUUCAUUACUGUACAUUACUGUACAUUACUGUACAUUACUGUACAUUACUGUUCAUUACUGUUCAUUACUGUACAUUACUGUACAUUACUGAACAUUUUUGUCUUCCAAAUUGUUAGAACUUUAUCCUAAUCUGAUCUCCUGCAUGUUUUCAAUAAAUGAUAUUCCAACCAAUUAAAUAUUGCAAAACAUGUUCAAGAAAUGAAAUAUAAAUUUGAU